AUGGCCGCCCAGCCAUCGUUCAAUUCCAAUAACCCGUUUCGUCGCAAGCCCGUUGCCACUACCGACGUCCCAGAUCUGCAGUCGACGACCCCUCCUCCACCACCACCGCCGACGAUACAGGGGGAUGAUAAUACCUCGAGUUUGACGAUUGGGGGCGGCGGCGGUGAUCAAUUCUGGGAAACAUUGCAGGGUGUACCGAGACCGGCUCAGCCGCCGCCGACGACGAGUUUUCUGAAGCAAAAGGUUGUCAAGAAGGUAAGGGUGCAGAGCCCGCCGCCGAGUAGUCCGGAGGAGAGCGAUGGGUUUGGGGAGAGGUUCCCGCCGAUUGGGGAGCCGGAUGAGGAGAGUGAUAGUGGUAGUGAGAGUAGUGAGGAGGAAGAGGAGGAGGGGGAGGAGGAGGAGGAGGAGGAGGUAGAUCCUUUUGGGGUGGGUGGGGGGUCGAAUAAGAGCUCGGUUGAGGAGUUGGCGGUGCAAGAGGGGGAUAGGCGGCGGGAGGGAGGGGUGCCGAGGAUAUUUUUCCAGAUGGGACAACCAGGGUUGGAGGAGAGGGGGGAAACUGAGGUGGGGGCAGGAGGGUCGAGGGGAGGGCUGGAUGUGGAUGCGUUCAGGAGGCUGUUGUUGACUGGACAGACCGGGGGAUCAACACCGGCACGGUCGAGUGCUGAUCUCGGGAGGGCGGAGGAAAGAGCUGGGACGGAGAUAACGAUACAGUUGCAGGACACGCCACGUCUAUCACGGGAAAUACCAGGCCAGACGGUUGGAGAUGAGCAGCAGAGGUUACUCCCCAACCCUCCCGCCGCCACCCUCCAACCUGCACCGACCAUCCUGAGAAAGAAACCCCCUCCCCCGAGCUCCCGCCAUGGAAAACUCAUCCGACCAGACCCGACCCGCCAGGAGAGCAGCAGCUCCCUAGGCGGCAAAACCUCGUCUUCAUCAUCACUAGCAAGCCCUAAACCUGUCACGUCACCAUCUCGACAGCGGCCCCCAACCCCGUCAGACGUUAACAAACCCCUCCCUUCACAGCCCUCGGUGUCAGAAGAUGGCAAUAUAUUCGACCACGAAGCAGCGGGGAAGAUUCCCGAGCCUGCCAUGCCCGACCCAGGUCUUCACAUCAUCCACGCUUUACGCUCCCCCUCCCCAACCUCUAGUCUGCCGACACCACCACCGUCAAGAAAACCUGCCCCCCCACCGAGACGACAACCACAUCAUGGCAGGUCCGAGCCUAGGCCUUUUUCACCAGAGGAGGAAUUGUUUAGCAGUACUCGUCGAUCAUCAAUGGAAUCGACCCGUUCCCGGUCUUCUUCCUUACGAGCCAACAUCCACGCGCCGGCACCGCCGCCCCCGAGGAGACCAUCGCAGAGGGUGGUGGCGUCGCCCAGUGGUGAGGCUGUAUCUCCGCCCCCGACACUGUCUGGGAGGAGUACGCCGAAUAAUAACAGUGUGGUCACACCGACGCUGGCGGGAUCGGUGGUGGAAGCUAUUGCCAGCCCUCCACCGGUGGGAGGGACGGCAAAGGAGAAGUUGACGCCGCCGCCGCCGCCUCCGGCUAGGGGGGCGAGUGUGAGGGCUAAGAAACCUGUCGGGGCAGCGGGGGAGGGGGUGGUGAGGAGGAGUAGUGGGAAUAGCAAGCCGGCGCCGCCGGUGCCGAAGCAUAGGGGUGGUGGUGGUAGUGUUAGGAAUAGUGCUAUGGCAGUGGCGACGGCGGUAACACCGGACACGACGGAUGAGGUGGUGGUGUCCACACCUGGGGGUGGUGGUGGUGACGGGGUGGAUAUAUUGGCUGAUUUAACGAGGUUGCAGAGGGAGGUGGAUGAGUUGAGGGCUGGGUUGGCUAAUGGGGGGUCGAAGUGA